AUGGAUAAUAACGCACUCGCCCUAAUAAGUGUAAGUGAUAAAAAUUCUCUUGAAACGCUUUGCCUAGGUUUGCUUGAUCUAGGAUAUACCAUAGUAAGCACAGAAGGAACUGCUGCGUACCUCAGCUCCAAGGGGAUUGCCUCAUUACUAAUCUCUUCUGUAACAAAUUUUGAAAGCAUCCUACAUGGAAGGGUAAAAACGCUUGAUCCAAAAAUCUUUGCUGGAAUCUUAGCAAGACACGAUCAGAAAACAGAUAUGCAGGACCUACAAAAGAUAUCUGCCAAGCCUAUUAGUGUAGUUGUAGUAAAUCCUUAUCCGUUUCAAAAAUGCAUUGAAGCAAAACAUACAAUAACUGAUGCAAUAGAACAUAUUGAUAUUGGUGGGCUAGCAUUGCUACGUGCAGCUGCAAAAAACCACCAAAGCGUCCUAGCGAUUUCUGAUCCCCGUGACUACGAUACAGCUCUCUAUCAUCUACAAGCUCUUUCUGUGGGUAGAUCUAUGAAUGAUGCACAGAUGAUAAAAGCAGCGGAAAAAGAUUUCUUAGAGUUUAAGGUAGAGCAGGCACAGAAAGCAUUCUCAAUGGCCUCGUGCUAUGAUGCGCAGGUAGCAGAAUAUUUUACUCACAGCAUAAGCAAGAAUGCUAAGAAGAAACAAGUAAAAUUCCCAGCGCAACUCCAUCUUUCACUUACGAAGCAUAGUGAAUUGCGCUAUGGAGAGAACCCACAGCAAGAAGCAGCAAUAUAUAGACAUUCUGUAGCUCAUUCUACAUCAGUACUAGAUGCGAGGCAGUUGCAUGGGAAGGAGCUCUCGUACAAUAAUUAUCGUGAUGCUCAGGCAGCAUUAGAUAUAGCAUUGGAAUUUGAUGAGUCCGUAGCUGUUGGGGUAAAGCACGGUAACCCCUGCGCUGUGGCGGUAGCGAAAAAUAGCGCAGAGGCAUGGAAAUUAGCGUACAAAGCAGACCCCGUGUCUAUUUUUGGGGGUAUAGUUGCUAUAAAUACAGAGCUUACUACUGAGCUUGCAUCGUCUCUUAGUGCUUUAUUUCUAGAAAUUAUUAUAGCCCCUAAGUACACAAGGGAAGCGCUUGCCAUACUUAAGAAGAAAAGCAGUUUACGCUUACUAUCUAUCCCUUUUCGCACAAGAAAGAAACAUUCUUUUGAUUACCAAUCGCUCCCUGGUGCUAUUAUGGUGCAAGACCACGAUAACACGUCUCUUUCAGAGAGAAACAUUGAGUGUGUAACAAAAAAGAAAGCAGGAAGGAAAGAACUUGAGGAUUUAUUAUUUGCUUGGAAAAUAGUAAAACAUGUAAAAUCAAAUGCCAUAGUGGUCGCGAAACAGAAAUGUACAUAUGGCAUAGGAGCAGGGCAGAUGAGUAGAGUGCAAUCAGUACAGCUUGCGUUAGCUCAAGCAGAGAAAUUAGGAAGAGCUAGGAAUGCAGUCAUGGCUUCUGAUGCUUUUUUCCCCAUGCCAGAUAGUAUAGAACUUGCGGCUCAGAGUAAUAUAAAAGCAAUUAUUCAACCUGGGGGUUCUAUACGUGAUGCGCAAUGCAUAGAAGUAUGUAACAUACACAACAUAGCUAUGCUGUGUACACGCACAAGACAUUUUUUACAUUAA